AUGUGCGUCGAAUACAUCUACUUCACGCCCUACCUCUGCCAGCACCUGACCUGCGACGGGUCCAGCGUCAGUGUCUCGGGCGACUGCCGGAGCUGCGGCGAGGUCAAGCAGGUGCGUCUGCGCAAGGAGAUCGGCGCGCCGACGACGCCGUGCCAGUGGUGCCGCGACCACGGCGUCUGGGUGCUGCACGAGGGCCGGUGGAUGACGCGCCGCGAGAGCAACGCCUGGAAGGAGAUUGCCGAGCAGAAGCAGCAGAUUGACCGCUGGGUGGACGGGUACAUGGAGGAGCGGCCGCCUGCGGGGGGCGGGGAGAGGAGGCAGCUGUCGGCCGAGGAGACCAUCGAGCGCGUGACGGCGGCGUUUGAGCGCCAGAGGGCGGCAGAGCAGGCGAAGAAGGACGAGGACGUGCUGCCGAGCAUCGAGGACCCGUAG